AUGGAAGGAGGAGGAGAAGUUGGUGAGUUGCAGGACUGGGAGGUGCUCCACGGCUUCGACCCUGCCCUGGUUAACUCGGACGACUCCGUUCAAACUCCCAGGAGCUUCGAGGGAAUCGAUGUUCACGCCGAGGGUAUGAUCAGGCCUGAUUACUUCUCUCUCGAUAAUCAUGACAAGUCUGGGUAUGGAAAGGGGGUGGUUGAUGUCGCCGAAGAGGGUUCAGUUGAGUCGGACAACCCCAGUUGGAUUGACCCGGAUUCGGUGACUCGCUAUGGCGGAAAAGAAUCGGGUGGGUUUUGGUCCGAUUCGGCAAGUGAUCGGUCCGAUGACCGUAAAAGUAAUGAUUUUGAGGGGAAAAACGAAUUGGGUUUUGUGGAAAAUGAGAAAAGCCAUGUUGGUUUUGAGGGUUUUGGAGAAAUGUUAGCUGUGGACGAGAAUUUUGGGAAAUUUGGGUUGGAUGCUCAGGGCCGAGUGAGCUUUGAAGAAAUUGGGGAAAACGGAAGCCUUGAUAAGGAUUUGGGUAAGUUCUGGUCUGAUUCAGGCGGCGACAGUCUGGUUUCAGUGAAAUUUGAGAAGGUUGCGAAGGAAAGCGAGAUAGGUUUUAGUGGUUUGGAAAGUGGAAAUAACUUGGACAAUGAACCAGAAGAAGGACAGUCAGUUGAGAGUCAAAGUGCUGCAGUUGAAGAAGAGAAAUCGGAGGUGAAAUCCGGUGAAGAGGUAGUGAAGAGGACAAUCCUGUGGUGGAAGGUCCCAUUUGAGGUUUUAAAGUAUUGUGUUUUCAGGGUAAGCCCUGUUUGGUCCUUGUCCGUCGCUGCAGCUGUAAUGGGUUUGGUGUUCUUGGGGCGGAGAUUGCGCAAGAUGAAGCGGAAGAGCCAGAGCCUGCAGCUCAAGGUUACUCUGGAUGAUAAGAAGGUGUCUCAGUUCACGAGUCGUGCUGCACGUCUCAAUGAAGCAUUUUCAGUGGUGAGGCGGGUGCCUACAGUGCGACCUUCGCUGCCAGCAGCUGGAGUGAAUCCAUGGCCUGUAAUGGGUUUGAGAUAAAAUGAUUCUUGUUGUGAAGUAUAUAGAAAAAGAAAGUACUUUGCCCAUGACCGUGCUAAAAGUACUACGUUGUUGUGCCUUGGUUUGUAUCAAAAACAAUUGUGGCUGUUAUGUAUUAACUCUGAAAUUAAGAAUCAUCUGUAAAAUGCAGACAAAGAUUACCAUUUGGUAUUAACUUUA